AAAUCCAUUUUAUUUGGUAUUGGCACAAUCAAAGAAGACCCUUCAAUAAAAUAUACAUAUGGUGUAUGUAUAUUUUAUAGAUAGGAUACUUUAAUUUGAUAUAUAAUACAAUCAAUUUCUCCACAAAGGGUCCACCCGUAGAAAAAGUAAAACCAAAAUGCCCAAGAAAACCAGACUAAGUCAUCAAAGAUCACUUUUUUAUUUCUUUUAUACACUACACCGACUUGUCAGCCUUAUCCACAAUCAUACCUCAAUCUGAAUAUAAAUUAUGUCGGCCUCCUAAAGGGGUCUUCUCAAAAUCAACUAAGGAGCAUUGAAAAAUCACAGCCAUGGCGGAUAUUGCAAUUCUUGUAGCAGAGGAAUACGAGAGGAGGACGAAGCAUCCAAGGCGAGAUCAAGAGAUGGUCAGGCAAGAGCUUCAAGAUUUGGGUUCUGGGGUUUCCAUAUCUGCAACUGCUACUUCAAUUACGAUGAAGAAGAUGAUGGAAAUGGCGAAAAGACAUAAUUACUCUGCCGAGAUAUCGGAAUUCAAUCGGGUUUUUGAACCCAAAUCUCAAAUUGGCCGAGCUGCUUCCACUGGGUUCUUCUCAGCUUGAGUUCCUCUGUUCUUGAAAUUGGGUUCAUAUAUUGUAAAUGUUUCUCAUCUCUCCCUCUCUCUCCCUCUCUCUCCCUCUCAAAUCUGUACAUGUUUUUUCUUUUUCUUUUUCUUUUUUCUUCUUUUUUUGGAUUCCAUUAGUUUUGAAAUUAAAUGCUUUUGAAUUCGAGAGAAGAAAGGUGGGAUUGUAUUAUGAUUUGAUGAUUAUUAACCAUAUGAAUGUUGGGAAAAGAAUGGGUGAUUUGGUUUUCAAGAAAUGAUUGGGAGUUCGUCA